AUGGACUCCAAAAACAACAUUCAAACCAUCGCCGAUCGCAUCAAAAAUGGUCAUAUCACCCGCAUCGUCGUUUUAACCGGCGCUGGGAUCAGUACCUCCGCAGGUGUUCCAGACUUCAGAACCCCCAACACGGGCCUCUAUGAUAAACUCGCACCACUCAAACUGCCAUACCCUGAAGCAAUAUUCCAUAUCAGCUACUUCUCCCAUACACCCGAACCAUUCUACGCGAUCGCAAGAGCUCGUCACCCUGGAAAUCUCAAACCAACUAUCUCCCACGCUUUCCUCGCUCUACUAGCCAAAAAGAACUUGCUUCAUUUCCUGUUCACGCAGAACAUCGACGGCCUUGAAGAAGAUGCCGGCGUCCCUGCUGAUAAGGCUCUCUGGGCUCACGGCAACUGGAAAAGUCAACAUUGCUGGAAAUGCAAAGCCGAGUACCCUGACGACCUUAUGAAACAAUCUAUUCAGACUGGGCAGGUGCCCUAUUGUUUGCGAUCGGAGUGUGAUGGAGCAAUCAAGCCGGAUGUGGUAUUCUUCGGACAGUCGCUUCCUGCUGAAUUUGAUGAGAAGCAGAGUCUUGUUUCGGAGGCCGAUCUAAUGCUUGUGAUGGGCACGAGUUUAAAAGUUGCGCCCUGUUCGCAAUUACCGCGCUUAACCAAAGAAGGCAUUCCUCGGGUCCUGAUCAAUAUGGAACAGAGUGGGGAUUUCGGGAAUAGGGAUGAUGAUCUUUGUAUUCUUGGCUCUUGCGAUGAUGGUGUGCGCCAGCUUGCAGAUUUGUUGGGGUGGCAGGAUGAACUGGACGAUCUUUGGAAGGAUAUAGUGAAGACUAAGAAGGACGCGUUGAACUUCGACAAAAGGCCUACUCUAGACGAGUGUAUUGACAAGCUUGUGAAAGAGAUGGAUGAGAAGCUUCAAAUUUCCGCAGGGCAUAAACGCAUGCUGGAGAAUCACCUUGGUGAUAAAUUUGCACGCAUCAUGGGGGGUAAAUAG